AUGACACUUCCACCCCUUUUCAAUUCAAAAUUUCCAUCUUUUGUAAAAGAUUGUCAAGUUAAAGACAUUCAGGUGUAUUGGUACUGUCCCAAAUUUUCGCAGAGUCGUUAUCCGCCUGGACAAUUGAGUAGCGAAGCUUGUACACUGAUAUGUCUUCUCGUAGCGCAAAGAAUAUGUCAUGCAAGAUUGCAGCUCUGGAGUGCAGAAAAGUGCCCUCGACUAAUGAUUUCAGUCGCUGAGUCCAUUAUUGAGGGUAAUAAAACUCACGCUUGGAUAAUUAAUCGAGCUUUGGUUGCCCACAGGUACCUAAGUGUUGAUGAAGCUCUGAAAUUUGGUGGAAAGCGCUUGGCGACUUUAAAAGAAUGGAAGUUCAAAAUUUUUAAAGAAGAUAUAAAAACGAUGUACAAAAAUAUCCAAGAUUUUCUUCAGCACUGGUACCAAAAACCUAAAUCAGAAAACUUGGUAAUGUUGCUCAUAACUUGUGGACGUACUGUUUUAUUUUUAUUCCAAGAAUCAAUUAACAAAAUAACGCUUUUUGAUUCGCAUGGACACGUACGUUGGAAAAAUUUUUGUCGAGGUUUAGUCAUCGCACAAGCUAAAAUAGAAAAAUUACAGAACCUUUGUAAUUGGUUCAUAAACGAAGUUUUAUAUAAUUGUUUCAACUUACAACCCAGUCAAUAUGAGCUUGCAUUUCUUUACUACUGUCAUCAGCAUCUGUAG